GUUAGAAGGUUCACGUCGCCUCUCGAAACCUGCCUCCCGAAGCCUGACCUCCACAUUCUUAAGCUUUUUGUUUGCGCAAACCUUUUAGGGCUUUUCUCGAGCUUAUAGGGCGUUUCUAGUUGAAGUUCGAAGGAGAGCGAUUUUCUAGGGUUUUUCUCGAGCGUUUAGUACUGCGAUUGCUUCAUAGAAAUUUUGUAGUACAGGAUUUUCUUUGAACUUUGGCGGCAAUGGAGGGUGAUGCACCAAAAUGGGACGCGUUACUUAAAUGGAGCCUUGCACAAUCAGAUGGUACUCGUCCUGCUCGAAGUCUUAGUGAGGAAGAUCGGAAAUGGUUUAUGGAGGCCAUGGAAACCAACACUGUAGAUGUUAUUAAGAGAAUGAAGGAGAUCACUCUUGUAAUGGAAACUCCGGAGCAAGUUUUGGAGGCUCAAGGUGUCACUCCUGCGGAUCUUGAAGGAAUGUUGGAAGAGCUACAAGAACAUGUCGAAGCCAUAGAUAUGGCCAAUGAUCUUCACUCAAUUGGUGGUUUGGUUCCCUUGCUUGGCUAUUUGAAGAACUCUCAUGCUGCUAUUCGAGCAAGGGCUGCUGAAGUUGUAACAACCAUUGUGCAAAACAAUCCAAGGAGUCAACAACUUGUGAUGGAGGCAAAUGGAUUCGAACCUUUAAUCUCAGCUUUCACUUCAGAUCCGGACAUAACAGUUCGGACCAAAGCACUAGGUGCCAUAUCAUCUUUGAUUCGACACAACAAACCAGGCAUUACUGCAUUUCGUUUGGCCAAUGGUUAUGCUGCACUAAGGGAUGCUUUGAGUUCAGAAAGUGUCAGAUUCCAAAGAAAGGCUCUUUACUUGAUUCACUAUCUACUGCGAGAGAACAAGGCAGACCAUAGUGUCGUGACCGAGCUGGGGUUCCCCCGAAUUAUAAUGCACCUAGCCUCAAGUGAAGACCCCGAGGUGAGAGAAGGAGCCUUGCGAGGCAUCCUCGAGCUCACCCAUGGAGGCGGUGAGGGGCUGAAUUCCACCAGUCUGGAUGGGGUAGAUGACAAGAAAUUGAAGCAAAUAUUAAGCGAACGCAUUGAUGGUAUAAGAUCAAUGGAACCUGAAGAGUUAGGGGCUGCAAGGGAAGAGAGACAAUUAGUGGACUCUUUAUGGCAAGCUUAUUAUGGGGAGCCAUCUUUGCUUAGAGAGAAGGGGCUUGCGGUUAUGCCUGGUGAUAGUGAGACCAAUCCACCACCUGAUGUUGCUAGUAAGAUGUUUGAGCCACCUCUAAGGGGUUGGGCCUCCAAAAGGAAGGAUGGUGAGAAGAAGGUGGAGGGUCCACCUUUGUUGUUGGGUUUUGGCGGUCCGUCACGCUCAGUGGAAAGCACAGCACUGGUGCAAAAUGGAAGCAGUCUUGAAGGGGGUGAGGAGGACAGGGUGGUGGACUCAGUUCAGAAUUCCCGGACAUGAUUCUGAUGAUCACCCAAGUAACGGGUAUUGACCAUGUGCUGGGGAAUUUAUGCAAAAUUCCAUACAUCAUCCCUUUCUCUUUCUACUAGAGUUUUGAAGGGAAUCAUCCGUCUUCUCCUCUCAUAUUCUCUCUCUGUGAAUGGUGAUCAACAUGAAACAGAUCUUGAUAAGGUGCGGGGGAAACUAAUGAAGACUUCCAUAUAUAACUCGCUCCUCUUUUUUUACUAGAGUUCCUACAGUCUUUAUAUGGUGGUAGAAAUUUUGUUCCCAUGGUUUUAGUCAGGAUAGGAUGUAGUUUGUGAUAGAUGCCAUUAGGGCAUGGGUUUUUAAUAUAAUUUGAUUUUGAAUAGGAGUCUCCAUUUGAUUAGGGAGGGGACCCUGAGUUACUGUAAAUUAUGGAAGUGAAUACUUUUGUCAAAUUCAACUAUGUUCUUGGCUUUUUAGUUGUAAAAAGGUGGUUUAGUCAAAUUUUGAUUUGCGUUAUUUUGUUGUUUGAGGGUGAUGGAUUCUAUGUAUCCUUCUCUUGUAGAAAUGGAAAAAGUUCAUACGAGGUUGCAACCU